AUGCCCAUCAUUAUUUACUUAGAUCUCUCUAAUAACAAACUCAUCGGACCUUUAAUGAACCUUCCUAAUGGGGCAACUUAUGGUGGGUAUGUAGAUGCUCCUUCAUUGUUUAUGGAAAAUAACUUUUUCAAUGAGCCGAUUACAAGUUCAUUGUGCAGAUGGAGAGAUUUGGUAUUUCUUGAUCUUUCCAAAAAUAGGUUAACCAGUAAAAUUCCCAAGUGUCUUGAGAAUCUGCAUGGGUUGUUUACUAUGAUACUUAGCUCAAAUCGGUUGUCUGGUGUCAUUCCAAGCUCUAUAGCUCUUAAUUUAUUGCAUCGAUUAAAAUUAAAUGACAACAACUUUGUUGGUGAGCUUCUUCGAGAGUUGCGGAAUUUACGAUAUUUAUGUAUCUUAAUUGUGGGUGAUAAUAGAUUGUCUGGAAAUCUACCCGAAUGGUCCAGGAAAGAACUUACAUAUUUGGUAGUUUUGAGGUUGAACAAAAGCAACUUCCCUGGAAGAGUUCCUCAAUCAUUUUACAAAGCUUCAAAUCUUCGAAUUUUGGAUGUUGCCCACAACAACUUAUUGGGACGCAUCCCUCAAUGUCUUGGAAAAUUGAAUGCCAUGGUCUUGAAAGGUGUUGAUCUUGAAUAUAAAGGAACAUGGUAUAUGGUUUAUAACAUGGACCUUUCAAGCAAUCAACUUGUUGGAGAAAUACCGGUUGAGCUAACUGCACUUUCCAUGUUCGUGGGUCUUAAUUUGUCUAAUAGUCAUCUUGCUGGCUAUAUUCCAGACACCAUUGGUAGCUUGAUGAAGUUAGAAUCUCUUGAUUUAUCUGGAAACGAGUUCACUGGGGCGAACCCUCCGAGCAUGGCAGAUUUGACUCUUUUGAGCCGUUUGAAUUUGUCACAUAACUUGUCCGGACGAAUUCCAAUAGGAAGGCAACUACAGACCCAUACAGAUCUAGCGGAGGUUCGAUACAUUGUUAGAAGUCUUUGUAGCAGUCAUCAGUGGCGCAGGUCGAUUGCUUCCGCUGAUGAUUCGUUGCUAUUAUUGAUUUGUUGCUGCUGUUGA